AUGCCUGUUGAUGGUAACGAUUCCACGGAAUGUGAUGUGGACGUCGGCUUCGUGAAUCACCUGUACGCGGUUACGUACGCCGUUAUCUUGAUCCCCGGUUUAAUAACGAAUGUCUUAGCUCUGUGGGUCUUCUACGCCUACGUGAAGGAAACCAAGCGAGCCGUUAUUUUCAUGAUUAACCUCGCCGUCGCGGAUUUACUGCAAGUCCUAUCGCUGCCCCUCCGAAUCUUUUACUAUUUAAGCCACUCGUGGCCCUUCGGACAGUUCUUGUGUAUGUUCUGCUUCUACCUGAAGUACGUGAACAUGUACGCCAGUAUCUUCUUUCUGGUCUGCAUCAGCGUCAGGAGGUUUUUGUACCUGAUCUAUCCUUUCAGGUUCACGGAUAGGAGGAGAGUGUUGGACGUGUACGUCAGCUUCGCGGGGUGGAUCGUCGUGUGCCUCAGCUGUCUUCCCUUCCCGCUGCUCAGGAUCGGCAGCCAGAACGUGACCGUCCCCAAUAACCUGUGUUUCGUGGAUCUGCCGCUAAUGGACAUCGGGAUCGCGAAUUCCAUCAUCACGGUGACCUUGGCCGAACUUUUUGGGUUCGUGACGCCUCUCCUUAUCGUCGUGUAUUGUUCCUGGAGGACCAUAAUGUCAUUGAGAGAACCCGAUUCGCUCUGCCACGACCUGGGCGAGAAGAAGAAGGCUCUGAAGAUGAUUCUCACCUGCGCGGUGGUGUUCUUGAUCUGCUUCGCGCCGUAUCAUAUCAGUUUUCCCUUGGAUUUUUUGGCCAAGGCACGGAAGAUAAGCUCGUGCUCUCAGCGGAAAGCCAUCUUAACUUUCCACCCGGUGGCCCUGUGUCUCGCCAGCCUGAACUGCUGCCUCGAUCCGGUCAUUUAUUACUUCACGACGGAUGAGUUUAAAAGAAGGUUGUCCAAGCAGGAGAUCCAGGACAGCACGGAAAUGCAGAUAUACUGCAACGAAGGCUUUAUUAAAAGGGAAUGCGCGCUUGAAGUUUUGGGGACUAAUAGGUCAAUUCUCUAAAGUAUCAGUUGUCAUUUGACUCGCAGGGCUGACUCGACGGAUCCGACUCCUGCUCCACAAACCAAACUGGAAGAGGAACGGUGUUGGGUUGAGUUGACCAUAGUCAUGUCUUCUUUGAGUUGAGCUACUAAGUUGCUACUGAGCUUUGAAGUCGAUACUUUUUAUUGGACAACAAAGAAAAAUACGGAAGGUUACAUAAGCCUGUGGAACCUCAGUAGUCUCUUCUUGUUGAGCAUGAAUGACAUGAUAGAUAGCUCUAAAUUAGUGCAGUUGGCCAGUUGAGUUGAGACUCA